AUGGCGCCUUCAGAAGUGACCCAGCGCCAUGGCAAAGGAUGGAAGAAGAAGAUGAAAAGAAAGGAGGAAACAAACAACAAGUCUGUGAAAGAAGACAAAAGUGGUAAAGUAGAAGAACCGUACACUUGUGGGGCAUGCGGGAUUCAGUUCCAGUUUUACAACAAUCUCCUGAAGCACAUGCAGUCACACGCCGCAGCUGCAGCGUCUUCUGCACCAGUGCCAGCUGCCAACAACUCUGUCCCUGAAAAGGAGCGCCAACACAUUGCCGAAAGGCUUCUGAGGGUAAUGUGCGCCGACCUGGGAGCUCUGAGCGUGGUCAACGGCAAAGACUUCCUGAAGCUGGCACAGACCCUUGUAGACACUGGAGCUCGCUAUGGGUCCUUCUCAGUCAACGAAAUUCUGGGUAACAUGAACACGCUAGCAUUGAAGCAUCUACCACGAAUGUACAACCAAGUCAAAGUCAAGGUGACCUGCGCCCUGGGCAGCAACAUCUGCUUGGGGAUCGGGGUCACCUGUCAUUCACAAAGCGUCAGUUCGGUCUCGUGUUACAUCCUCAUCGCAUAUCAGGCGGAAGGAAAUCAGAUAAAACGCUACGUGUUGGGCAUUAAAGACAUGGACAGUAGAGACAGCGGCGAAUUCAUCCACCAGUGGGUGCAGAACGUCCUCUCGGAGUUUGUCAUGUCGGAGAUUAGGACGGUGUACGUAACGGACUGCAAAGUUAACUCUUCCGCUUUCUCCAAGGUCGGGACGUGCUUACGCUGUUCCGCAUGCUCCUUGAACUCUGUGGUACAAAGCGUAUAGAACAAGCGCACG